GGGGCUGGCCGGGGCUGGGCGGGCCGUCAGCCGAGCUCGCUCCGAGGCUCGGCCCAGCGUCUCGUUGCCGAGGUCGUCUCGGGUGAGGGGGUCGCGCCGGAAGUGGCUGUGCGGCGCGCCUCGGUGUUGGUGGGAAGCUGCAGGAGGAGUUUAGUCAUUCAAGGGGGCGCGGCAGCAUUGGGUGUUCUUCUCAGCCCCCUGCAACAGCCAUGGCGAAAGGCCGUGUCGCCGAGAGGACGCAAACGGGGGCGCGGCACUCGACCCCAGCGGGGGACCGGGCAACGGGGACGCGCGGUUCCGCCACGCCAGGCAGCGGAGAGCAGCUGAAGGACAAACCUUGUGCAGAAGCUGGCUCAGCAAGAAUGUCACUCCUUAUACUGGUGUCCAUUUUCUUAUGUGCAGCUUUCAUUAUGUUUUUGGUAUAUAAAAAUUUUCCUCAGCUUAGUGAAGAAGAAAGAGUGAAUAUGAAGGUCCCAAGAGAUAUGGAUGAUGCCAAGGCUCUAGGAAAGGUCCUCUCCAAGUACAAGGAUACCUUUUACGUACAAGUAUUGGUCGCUUACUUUGCUACAUAUAUUUUUCUGCAAACAUUUGCUAUUCCAGGCUCCAUUUUCCUCAGCAUACUUUCGGGGUUCCUUUACCCAUUCCCACUAGCCUUAUUCCUUGUUUGCUUGUGUUCUGGACUUGGUGCCUCCUUCUGCUACAUGCUCUCCUAUUUAGUUGGAAGACCUGUUGUAUACAAAUACCUAACAGAGAAGGCAGUAAAAUGGUCGCAGCAGGUAGAGCGUCAUAGAGAACAUCUCAUUAACUACAUUAUCUUUUUGAGAAUCACACCAUUUCUGCCUAAUUGGUUUAUUAAUAUAACGUCUCCUGUGAUAAAUGUGCCAUUGAAAGUGUUUUUUAUUGGCACUUUUCUAGGUGUUGCACCUCCCUCUUUUGUAGCAAUUAAGGCAGGAACAACUCUAUAUCAGCUUACGACAGCAGGGGAAGCUGUUUCCUGGAACUCAGUAUUUAUUCUGAUGAUUUUGGCUCUUCUUUCUAUUCUGCCAGCCAUCUUCCAAAAAAAACUAAAACAGAAAUUUGAGUAAAAAUCGUGGGUUUUUGUUUACCACUACCACCACCAACGUCACUACCACCACCACCACCAUCUCAGGAAUAGCAGGUGUAUCCAUCUUAUGUUUUGAAAUCAGCUCUUCAGUAACUGGAAGAAGGAUUUGUAAAGUAAACUGUCCUACAAAGAUCGUCAGACUAUGAGAAGUGCUGUCAUCAGAUUUGUGGGUGUAACUGUUCCAAGAGCAGCUCUGAGAUAGCAUCCGUGUGCCUGUCUUAGGAUUCUUAUUCAAAAUGAUUCAUUGAAUUGAGUGGUUUUGUGUUGUUUUUUUUUUUUUUUUUUUCCUUUUCUGUCUAAUAACUAAAGUAGUGAACUCGGGUACAGUGGCACAUACAUGUAAUCCCACCUGCUGAGGAGACUAAGGCCAGAGGAUUGCUCGUUUGAGACCAGCUUGAGCAAUGCCACAAGACCCUAUAUUAAUGUAAAAUAAGGAACAGUGAAAUAAAAAAAAAAGUUUAGAGCAAAAACUGAAUACUUUAUGCAAAUGGGAGGUUUUAAUUUCUUUGAGACAGCACUUUACAUAGGCCAGAGAAUGUAGCAAGGAUAAGUAUUUAAGUUUAUAGAGGUUUAUCAUGAAUUAGUUUGAUAAUUUAAACUGUUUUCAUCCUUUUUACAGUAUUCCACCAUACAUAUAUAAAAUGAGACUUCUAUGCCUGUAUCAUAUUGGUGUCGAUAAUGUAUAUUCAGAUAAUGAUAUUUUGUUACAGCGUCUUUAUUAUCUCAAAAGGGUUCUGAAAGUAAGUACUCGAAACAUAGAAUUUUUAGACACUAAUUAUUUUAUAAUGAAACAUCUGGUAGAAGCAUUGGUGUUUAAAUCUAGUUUAUUUGUUUCAAUAGCUGUAAAUUUUGCCACAUUAAUAUAUUUGCUCAUUAAAGAGUGUAUUGUGUAAUUACCUUUCAUGCAUGAUACAUCUGUGCGAUUGCUUGUUGCCUUUCCUUUGAUGACUUCCUUUUUGGGACAGCCCUUGAUUAGUACAGUUUCCCAGCUGUAGAGCUUUUAUUUUCUCACCUCACGAAGCGAAACACUUUCUACAUGGUGAUUAUCAUCUCUACCAUUUCUUGGGAGAGACUCCUUUUGACUUCUUUGCUUACCAGGACAGAGUGAUCUAAAGCACUCUAAGAUCUAGUGGUGUGUUAAACAAUCGCUUUAGCAGUGUGCAAACCCUUGUGUUUUUAUUCGUAAUCGAAGUCCGUUUCUCCUGCAUAACCUUUUUCUGUCACAGUAUUAACAUGUGGAUAUAUUACAAAUAUAAGGAAAAUGAUUGAUAGUGUAGUCUUGUGUCAUUUUGUAUGAAAUUGUUAUGUCUAGCAAAGGUCUUGCUGAGUGAUAAAGCUUUUGUUAUUUUUACUAAUGAAUUAAACACAUAGCUGUAUAGGACAAAGUUUACUAAUAUUAUUGUAUAAAUACCAUUGAAGCUAGACAUGGUAACAUGCUUACAAUCCCAAGACUUAAGAAGUAGAAGUUCAGAGUUAACCUUGACUGCCUAGUUUGAGGCCAACCUGGUCUACACAUCGUGUGUGUGUGUGUGUGUGUGUGUUUAUCAGGCCUUUAAUGGGAAGACCCUGUUGCUUAUUUUGGUUUGUAUAUGGUGCAUAGUCUAUGCUGAGAAUACCCUCUUCAUCCUCUUUCCCUUUACUAUAUUUUUCCCUACGUACAACAGGAGCUGCCACUUUAGUUGGAUAUACUUUUUUCUCCCUAGAGAGGGCGACCAUUGUUUUAACAUUUCACCCUUGACUGUCAAGAAAGAAUUUGGGAAGGCUGGUGAGGUAGCUCAGCAGUUAAGAGCACUGACUGCUCUUCCAAAGGUCUUGAGUUCAAUUCCCACCAACCACAUGGUGGCUCAAACCAUCUAUAAUGGGAUCUGUUGCCUCCUUCAGGCAUGCAGGUGUAUAUGCAGACAGAGUACUCAUACAUAAAAAAUUUAUAAAUAAGUAAAAAAAUUAAAGAAAAAUUCUUGGGAGUGGAGAGAAGGCUCAUAGGUUAAGAACACUGGUUGCUCUUCCAGAGGUCCUGAGUUCAACCAUCUUUGAGAUUUGGUGUCCUCUUCUGGCUUUCAGGCAGAACAUUACAUCUUUAAGAGAUUUCCUAGUGAUAACCAUAAAAGAGCAUACUAUUGGAACAGAGAGACAAAUAGGCUAACUAGGCAGUCCACAUACUUAAAACUGUUUCCUUCUUAGUUUCUGGCUCUUUAAUAGAGCUUUGUUACUUUGAGUAUUACAUAUCUAUGAUGCUUAAUAAAUGUAAACUAAAGUGUAGAUUACUCGGGUGUAGAAACAUUGUCAUGCUUUGGAUUCAUUUCAUCAGAGUACAUAUAUGUAUAUAAUAUAUGUAUAUAUAUAUAUUUCUAACAAAUAACAUUUUUUGAUUAAAAGAAUUUGAUUAUUGUUUGUUUUUCAAAACAGGCUUCUCUGUGUAACAGCCUUAGCUGUCCUGGACUCACCCUGUAGACCAGGCUGGCCUCUAGCCAGAUCUUCCUGCCUCUGCCUUCCAAGUGCUGGGAUCAAAAACAUACAGCACUACUGCCUGACUUUCUUAGGACUUGACCCAGGUCUUUGCAUGGCAGGCAAGAAUUCUAUCACUCAUGGGGCUGGAGAGAUGGCUCAGAGGUUAAGAGCAUUGCCUGCUCUACCACAGGUCCUGAGUUCAAUUCCCAGCAACCACAUGGUGGCUCACAACCAUCUGUAAUGGGGUCUGGUGCCCUCUUCUGGCCAGCAGGCAUACACACAGACAGAAUAUUGUAUACAUAAUAAAUAAAUAAAUAUUUUUUUUUUUUUAAAAGAAUUCUAUCACAGCUAUAUUUGUGGUUCCCUCAAAGAUUCUAACAUACAUUUUGCCAUUUGGAACAAAGAACAUAAGGGCUGGAAUGUAGCUUAUAAGUUGGUGCUUACCUCGUAUAUUUGAAGCUCUAGGUUCAACAUUGCCACCCCCUCCCUACCUAGCACCUCGUAAAUCUGGCACAGUGGUGCAAACCUGUAACCUAGGCACUGUAAGUUCAGCAAAAGGAUCAGAAGUUCUUUGGCUUCACAUCAAAUUCUAGGUUAAUGAGUUAGCCUUUGUCUCAAAAAAACAACAAAAUACAUGAAUCUUAAUAUAAAUAUAAAUCAAAAUAUAAGGAUUUUAAUAUAAUUCUUCAUGGAGCCUUGAGAAUAAGGACCAGGAGGCUAGACUGUUCUGGCUCUUGGUAUGGGUGUCAGUGUCUUGGUGAUGUACUAUAUUCUUUACAAGAUGUUGCCUUUGAGUGAAAUUGGGUACAUAGGAUUUCUCUAUUUUUUAGAACUAUUUAAAUAUUAGAAUUGUCUCAAAAUAAAAAGAUUAAGAUUAGGGUGUGGUUGCAUACAUAUUAAUCCCAUCAUCCAAGAGGCAAGUAGAUCUCUUUGAGUUCUAAGCUAAUUAAAAACAAAAUUUGGGGUUGAAGGGAUGGAUGGAUCGAUGGUUAAGGACACUGACUGUUCUUCCAGAGAACCCAGGUUCAGUUCCCAGCACCCACAUGGCAGCUCAUAUCCAUCUGUAACUCCAGUUAAAGGGCUUUUGACACCCUCACACAGACACACAUGCAGGCCAAACACCAAUGACCAUAAGAUAAAAAUAAAUUGGCCAGGCAACGGUGGCGCACGUCUUUAAUCCCAGCACUUGGGAGGCAGAGGCAGGCAGAUCUCCAUGAGUUUGAAGCCAGCCUGGUCUCCAGAGUGAGUUCCAGGACAGCUAGGAUUUUACACAGAGAAACCCUGUCUUGAAAAAUCAAAAAAAUGGGGCUGGAGAGAUGGCUCAGAGGUUAAGAGCAUUGCCUGCUCUUCCAAAGGUCCUGAAUUCAGUUCCCAGCAACCACAUGGUGGCUCACAACCAUCUGUUAUGGGGUCUGGUGCCUUCUUCUGGCCUGCAGGUAUACACACAGACAGAAUAUUGUAUACAUAAUAAAUAAAUAUUAAAAGAAAAAUCAAAAAAAUAUAAAUAUACAUUAUAUAUUUAAAAGAUUGGAAAUGAUUUCCCCACCAGUGAUGUUUGAAUGAAUGAUUGUUUCACUUUUUAGUAAUUAUUCAUAAUAGACCAAAAAUGGAAGUAAUCCAGAUGUCCUUCAGUAAAUGAGUUUUUAAAAAGAAACAAAACAUUAAAGAGGAGAUGGGUGUGGCAUCAUGCAUAGAAUCCCAGACCUCUAGAAGCAAAAGAAAUAGAAAUUCAAGGCCAGUCUAAGCUACAUAAUGAAACCCUAUCUCUCCAAAACACAAAGCAAACAAAAUUCAUUUUUUUUCCCCUAGCAUCUCUUAAUCUCUUGCCUUGAGAUACAGCUCAGUAGUAAAGUGCUUGCCUGGUAUGUCAGACUUUGGGGGUUAACUUCUAGAAAACACACAAAGAAUAGAAAUGAAAGAGACCGGGUAUGUUAGUCACCUGUAAUGCCAGCUGUGGCUGGAGAGACACAUUGAGUUCAAGGCCAGCCUAAACUAGUAGCAAGAACCUAUCUGGAAAAUAGACAGGUGCUGUGAAGAUAGCAUUUCUGUCUCCGAUAACCACGGUCUGGAUGGAAACUGGACCCAUGAGAAAUAAGGUUGAUCUAGUCUCCACAAACUGGAAGAAAAGAAAGAGUAGCUGGGACUAUCUAACCCAGCAUGCACAGUGUCAUCCUAGGUUCUAUCCCCAGUCAUGCAAAAGAGAACAAAGAGUGAAGGAAUCAGGUAGGGGUGUUUGCUGGAUAGUAGACGGGAUGUCUGUCAGGUUAUGUGCCUGGUGGAUUCAGAGAGAAGCUGGGCCUGGAACUCCCCUAUUUCUCCAUCUGAAGCCUAGUAGCAUUGCUGAGCUCCAAGUUCUCAGUGUUCUAUGCUGACAGAGGUACUGUUGAAGACAUUCUGAAUAUGAAGCCCAGAGAUAAGAGUUGGAACAGUGGUGGGGAGUUCGUGUCUUAAAUUCCAGGUUUGUGUAUUGCAAAUAAAGAUUUGGUGAACAUCUACAA